GCAUUGUUUGGAAAGUAUAUUUAAGUCCGACACACAGGUUAUGCGGUAACCAAAGGCUUCGAAGCAGCUCACAGGUACGGCUGUGAUGUUCAACAGGAUGCUCUCUGUCCUGUUGUUUGCGGCGGCUUGGGUUGCCUGCCUGGCAAAACUUCUGGAUGAGAAGAUGACUGGAUCCUGGAGACUAUUUCUGCUCUGUAGUCUCCUGCAAGGUGCUGGGUGCAACGCUGCAGAAUUUGAGGUCCUAGUGCCAGCAAGUGUUACGACACUCAGUGGAUCCUGUGUUACUGUUCCUUGUUCCUUCACCGUGCCGGACAAUUAUAAAGCCCUUCUACAUCCUGGAUGUAUACCAAUAUGGUUAAAAGAUCAAAUACCUAUCAAUGCUACAACAUUCAGGGGAAAUCUAACAGCGUACAACUGUACUACAACAUUCAACAACGUACUUGAAGACAAUGUUCAAUAUCAUUUUAGAAUUGACUGUGGAAAUCCAUUAAGAUAUAUUUUUUCAUUAAACCUAAAGACCAUCCAGAUCAAGGGGCUCCCUGAUGCACCUCGUUUGACCACCCCCAAGGAGCCGGUGGUGGAGGGCACUCCUGUGGAGCUGGGGUGCUCUGCCCCGUCCUACUGUGACACCCACCCCCCCGCUGUGACGUGGACCCCCGCCCUGGGGCUCAGCACCCAGCUCCAGCAGGACGAUACCGUGACCUCCACUCUGACCUUCAACGCCUCCCACCAUUACCAUGGAAACAAUGUCUCCUGCACUGCAGCCUACUACAUACCAUCUGGGAACAAAACUGUGACGUCUACAAGAUACCAACUCAGUAUCUUAUUUGCCCCCAGGAACACCUCUGCUGUCGGCAGCCCGUGUCUUCCAGCCAGAAAGCGAGGCUGCCUGAACCUGACCUGCACCAGUCAUGCUAACCCUGCUGUCAGCGAGGUCACAUGGUACCGAAUACACGGAGAACAGAUCCUUAAGAUCGGGAGUGGAUCAUCUCUGUCCAUCCAGCUGAGGAACGCCAAUUACGUUUUCUUCUGUGAGGCCAGGAAUGAAAUUGGCACGGAAAAGUCUGAUGUCUACAAGAUCGACAUUCAAGCCAAUGAGUACUACUCAUACUCUCCAGCCCUUGGAUCAGGUGGUGGAACUCCCUUCGUGACCUCAGGAGAAGGAAGCAUCACAGGUGUGAAAGUCUGGGAGCAGCCUGGUAAUCACAUUACUGGUUUCCAGUUGCGUUACGGCACCAGGUGGGACCUUGCUGUUGGUCGCGUGGUCCACGCCCCACUGAGAUUGGACCUAUUUGAAGGAGAGACAAUUACUCAGGUGUCUGGAAAAUACCGCUCGGCCAACUACAUCUAUCAGUUGAUUUUUGUGACCAGUAGAGGGCGCUCUCUCAUCACAGGCGUGCCAUUUGAGACCUCCUUUAACUUUUACCCCGAGCAUGCAGAGGCGGAGCUUCGGCUGUUGAGUGGGCGGUUCGAUAGCAAUGGGAUCAGAUCACUGGGAGCCCAUUGGGGGGUAUUCCAGGAGGCCACAGGUUAUGGAAAUAAUACUACUUAACCAAAUGCUUAAAAGCACAUUUGACUUAUUUUUAUCAAAACACUGGUCUAUUAAUUACCUUUUCAUUCAGGGGUCAAUCCUGGAUAGAUGUGAGAUCUGUAUUGUCUCCAAAAACAUAUUUUUCACUUUUAAAAUGUCUUCAAAUGAUCUUUUAAUGAUUGUCCUUAAAAAAUGUGUGCAUGUGAAUUAUAUCUUUGCAAACCACUAUGAAGGGCCUCAUGUUUCAUUAGUGGUUUAAAAGUAAACAUUGCCUUGCCUAACUAAAGGAUGACUCUGCUCUCAAUCUUUUAUUCCACUUAUUCUCUACGAAAAUAAUUGUAUCGCCUAAACACAUUCUACACAUGGAGUUAUCUGUGCCACACGUUCAUGGGGCCAAUUCAAGUCAUAUUUAAAUAUCCUCAGAGCUUAAAACUACUCAGUGGUUUUUGCUGUCUUUGGUUUUGGGUUGUGUAUGUCUCAUGUUUUAUUUCCUUUGACGUCAUAUGCACAUCAAAGGAAUGUGCAUAUGAGACAUACACAACCCAUAGAUUUGUCACUUUGUCAAUAUAAAUAUAUUAUAAAAUCAUUUAUAUUAUUUUCACAUGUAUGGAAUAAUCUUCAUGACAAAUGAUUAUUUUAUGAUAAUCCGUCAUUAAUAUGAUAAUAACAUUUUAGUAAUCUUUGUGAUACUGUUGCAUUUUUUGUGUCUUCACUUUAAAGAUUUGAAAGUGCGGAUAGAGUUGUCCAAAUGACAACAACAACCAUGUCCAAGCCAAGCAAUAAAGUAGGCUACAAUAAACAAUAAAACACAUUGCCACAUUUUCUAAUAGUUUAGAAGCCCAAGAUAGUUUGUGCGAAGGGACUAAGGUGCGAAGUCUGUCUGAAGUAGUCGGAGUCUCAGGGAAUGGGCGGUCUACCAUUGUAAAAUCGUAAGUUUUAAAAGUAGAAUAUUUUCAAAAGUAUAUAACAUUUAAAUUAGAAAAGUAAUAGUUAUCGAUUCCAUGGUAACAUACACGUUUAAAAAGUGGAAUGGAGUCUCUAGGUCAAACAUUGUGGAAGAAGUUAGGUCCCAAAGUUUGGGCGGGCAUUUCGGUAAAACAUGUCGAACUAGUGGCGGACUCAGACUGUUUGAAGGGCAGGGGCGAAAAAAUAAAAAGGGCACAUUCUGGACAACAUGGGGCCCCACCAGCGGACACAUGAUGGUGUUUUGUUCCCCCAACGGAGCCUUAAAGGCAGCGCUGCCUGGAAGGUCCUAUCCCCUAACCUUAACAAGCGCUGCCUUGAAGGUCCCAUUCGGUGCACUUGUUACCUCUCCAUGUAGCACUUAAAAGAAUAGUUGGGCUCAUAAUUUAAAUGGGGGGUCUGAAGGAAAAGGAAGGAACGUCAUUCUGUGAUGAGAAUUUUUUUUGCUUCAAAGACACUGUUUCCCCUUAUUCUAGCGACUUUAUAAACACCAAAAUUAGUUGUUCACAUCAUUGUGCACUUUCACAUUUUAGCCAAAGAAAGGAGGAUGCCUUACUGCUUUCAUCUUUACUAACAUUUAAGCAAAAAUUAGACUGGAGAAAAUGCAAUGUGACGCUACCAUACAGUCUUACCAUACAGGUGCAUAGUUUAAAAUAUUUUAAACACUGAAAUAUGUCUAAAAAUGAUAUUUUAAUGAUUGUCCUUAAAAAAAUUGUGCAUAUGAAUUAUAUCUUUGCAAAACACUAAAAAGGGCCUCAUGUUUGAAUAGUGGUUUACUAAUGAACAUUGCCUUGCCUAACUAAAGGAUGACUCUGCUCUCGAUGCCUCUUUCCACUAAUUCACAAAAACAAUUGUAUCUACGGUACUUAACACAUUCUACACAUGGAGUUAUCUGUGCAACACGUUCAUGCGGCCAAUUUAAGUCAUAAUUAAAUAUCCUCAGAGCUUAAAGCUACUCUGUGGUUUUUGCUGUCUUUGGUUUUGUGUUGUGUAUGUCUCAUGUUUUAUUUCCUUUGACGUCAUAUUAAAUGUCAUAAUAUAAAAAUUGGAUCACAAGAAAUGCAAGGACAAAAUGUGUCACUUUGUCAAUAUAAAUAUAUUAUAAAAUCAUAUAUGAUUUUCAAAUUUGUGGAAAAAUCUUCAUGACAAAUUAUUAUUCUAUGAUAAUCUGCCAUGAAAAUUAUAAUAACAUUUGAAUAAUCUUCAUGGUCUAUUGCUUUAUUGUAUCUGUAUUUGAAGGAAUUCGUGCUGCGGGGAGAGAGUAGUCAAUAAAAGGAUUUGAAAGUGUGGAUAGAGUUGCCAAAAUGACAACAACAACCAUGUCCAAGCAAUAAAGUUGGGUAAUAAUAAUAAUAAAGUAGGCUACAAUAAACAAUAAAAACACAUUGCUUAAUUUUCUUAUAGUUUAGAAGCCCAAGAUAGUUUCAGUGAUGUUAAUAAUUAGCCGAGGUGCGAAGUCUGAUGUAGUCUCAGGGGAUUGACCUCCAUUAAAAAAUCUUACGUUUUUAAAGUAGAAUAUUUUCAAAAGUAUAAAACAUUUAAAUUAGAAAAUUAAUAGCAAACUAUUCCAAGGUAACAUACCCGUUUAAAGUGGAAUGGAGUCUCAAGGUUAAACAUUGUGGAAGAAGUUAGGUCCCAAGGUUUGUAGAGAAAUGGUUACCACUUUGUUCCACAGGACCCAUGUCCGACGUAAGCCGGGCCGAUGGAGAAAGCCCAGUAGAGCAGGGGUCUCCAAAGUUAUUCACUGCGACACCUAAG